AUGCAUCGAACUUACAGAGGAAAGCUUGAAGAAGAAAUAAGAAGGACUCCAAAGAAAGAAGAACCAGAAGAACUAUAUGAAGCUCCAGUUGCUGACUAUAAAAACGCUGCUGAAGAGCUCCAAGCUGAAAAUAUUCAAUUAGAAAAUGAAAUUAAAGAACUAAAAAUCAAAAUAUCAGAAGAAAAGAAAAAUUACAACCAGGAACUUGACGAAUUAUUUGCAGAAUCACGUGAAAUUCAACAAAGCAAAGAAAAAGAUGAAAACGAGAUUCAUGAAAAAAUGAGAAUAGUUCGUAAGCAACUAGAUGAAAUUGCUGAAUGGUAUAACGACACAGAUAAAAUAGAAUCUGAUUUACAAGAAGCUCAAGAUACUGCUUCACAGAUUGAGAACGAGAAGAAGAUUAUAUGUUCCGUUCUAGAUGACUUUAUUUCUAUUGCACAAUCAAUUAAAGAUGGUCACACAAACACAUCUCUUCUUACAUCCAAAUUUAUUCAACCAAUGCAAUCAUGUAAGCAUGCACCGGCCUUAAGAAAGGAAUUUAUUAACCUGAAAUCUAUAAUGAUUCAGAAGGCAUAUAGAUUACCGCAAAAUAUUGGCGAUUUACAAGAUUAUUGA